AUGGCUCGAUCAAAAAAAAUCAAUGGUGGUAUUCAAGAACAAUCAGACGUUAAUAUCUCCAAUGACGAAAAAUAUGCAAGGUUUGAUACUCGUUGGUUUAAUGAGACGAUGACUAGGGAGCGCAAUAAACAAUGCACAAAUGCACUCAAAGUAUUAAAACGUCACCCAUCUGCUGUACCUUUCCUAAAACCUGUAGAUCCAAUCAAGCUUAAUAUUCCUGAUUAUCCUGUUAUCGUAAAAACACCAAUGGACUUUAGCACAGUCGAAAAAAAGCUUAACAAUUAUGAAUAUAAAUGUGCUCAUGAUUUUGAAAAAGACGUUCGGCUCAUAUUCUCAAAUUGUAUCAUUUAUAAUGGUCAACACCAUCAGUUUUCAAAAUAUGCUAAGGAUUUAGAAGAAAUAUUCAUUGAACAACUCUCUAAAAUCCCUGGUGCUAAAACUACCACCGAUAAAGCUGCCCGAGAAAUUAAACAGGAGAAACCAGCUCCUAAACCUGUUGCAGAAUCUUCUACUAAACCAAUAAGCAAACAAAACCUCAAACCUACUACGGAAGCUACAUCUUCAUCCAUUGUAAAAACCGAAAAUUCUGAAACAAAUAGACCAAAAAGAAAGAUCAAAUUCCCUAAUAAAGAACUUCCUCAAAUCACUCAACCAUCUCGUCGUAAAAGAACAAAGAAAAACAUUGACCUCAAAUUCUGUCGUUUAGUGUACCAGGAAUUGAAAAAGCGGCAGCACUUUACAUAUGCUUAUCCAUUUUAUGAGCCUGUCAAUGCUGAGAAAUUGGGUGUUCCUGAAUAUUAUAAUGUAAUCAAAAACCCCAUGGAUCUUUCCAAGGUUUAUAGUAGAUUAGAAAGUGAAGAUUACGCAUCUGCAGAAGAGUUUGAAGCAGACAUACGAUUGAUGUUUGACAACUGUUAUAAAUUCAACGCCCCUGGUACUGAUGUAUAUAACAUGGGUAAACAACUAGAAAAUGUUUUUGAUAAAAAAUGGACAGAAAGACCAAUCCCACAACCUCAUUCAGCUGCUCGUGAAAAAAUCAAGGAGGAAGAAGAAUCUGCUUCAGACAAAGAAAGUGAACAAGCUAAACACUUGAAGGCUUUACAGAAACACCUUGCUGCUUUAUCGUCUCAACUCAAUCAAUAUAGAAAAUCAGGAAAGUCCAAAACCAAAAAACCUGCCACCAAAAAAACUGCCAAAAAGGCUACUAAAUCAAAAUUAAAGUCUGAUGCUGAUACAUCAACAGAUUCAAUACCAAAAGCAAAACGUCGACGAACUUCAAAAGACGACAUUGACGCUUUUGUUAACGAGAAUGAUGACAAAGAACUUAGUGCUGAUCAAAAGGCUUUCCUUUCCAAAAGGAUCGAGUAUCUUCCUCAAGAACUCAUGGUUACACUCAUUGGUAUUAUACAACAGAGUGGAGCAACUUUGAUGCCUGAAGAAGGUGGUUACGAGUUAGAAAUUGAAUCAAUCGACACUAAAACUGCCAAACGAAUUUAUAACUUUGUAAUGGCAAAUACUUCUGAGCCAAAUGGUCGUAAACAAAGAAAAACUCCUGUUAAAAGAAAAGUUCAGAUGAGUGAAGAAGAACAAAUAAAGGCUUUGGAAGAAACUUUGGCUAAAUUCGACAACAAAUCCACAUCUCCUAACAAGGCUAACGAUAGUUCUGAUGACGACUCCUCGGAUAGCCAAAGCUCGGCAUCUUCCGGUUCCGAGCCUUCGGAUAGUGAUACUGCUAACCAAAAUGAACAAAACAAACUCAAAAAUAUUGAUAGUACUUAUGAUACUCCUGAUAGGUCAUAUUUUCAUCUUUCAGUUUACAAGCCUGAUUCAAUCAACUAA